ACAGACAGAUUAUAUCUUUAAAACUCACCCAUAGCUGCCACUCUGGGACUGAACAUGUUUGUACGUGUGUUGCCACAUUGGUGUCGAUCUACGGAGUUACCUCCCCUGACAAGGAAGCAGCUGCCCAUGUGGGGAGCGAUCUGUGUCCCCGUGUGACAGACUACAGCCAAAGUGUGGCGUGUCUAUAAAAAGUACUGUGCACAACUUGGACAUCAUAACACUAAACAGGACAAUGGCGACUGCAGUGAAGACACCCCAGUGUAGAGUGUGUCACACCUCGCACAAGUAUGGUGGACCUGAUCCGCACCUCCUACCUUGUCUCCACUCGGUGUGUCAGACAUGCCUAGACACUGACAGCCAUCAUACACUGACGUGUGACAUAUGCCAGGAAACAUUUGAUAAAGAACAAACUGAUUUCCCUCCCGAUGUCGUUGUCAUCAAAGAUAUCUUCCACCAAACUGCUGAAAACGAUGGUUCCGCCGUGCUUUGUACCAAUAGAGAUGACGGCAACCAAGCAAUGUCCUGGUGUGAUGAAUGUGAAGCCUUCUUGUGUGAGCACUGUCAGGCCAGCCAUGAAUAUAUGAAGAUAACAAGAUCCCAUGCAGUUGUGACAUUGGAACACUUGACGUCUGCUGACGGAGAACCUACUCCUAAGACUGUCUACUGUAAAGAACAUGCUGAUCAUCCUCUCCAGCUCUAUGACGAAACAUGUAAGCAAAGAAUAUGUUUCAAAUGUAAGGAGAAUCAUAGCGACUGCAAGGUGAAUGACAUAGCUACAGUAUGUCAACAUCUGAAGGAGACGGUAUUGGAGGAAGGACAGAAAGGCCUCUCUAAGAAGAUAGAAAUAAUCAGAGCAAUCAGGGACCAGGUACAUGAAGUUGUCAAGAUGUCAGAGGUGAAAGAGGAGGAAGGGAAGGAGUUCUUAAAGCAUACAUUUUCUGAGCUGAGAAAUACUUUAAAUCAGCGAGAAGAAGGGGUUUCGCUACAACUGGAUCAAAGUUUCAGAGCUGUAUAUGAUAUAAAUAACUCACGGCUAUACAAGUUGGAAAUGGAGGAAGCCAAAUGUGACACAGCACUUGGUUAUUGUCAGAAAUUCGCUGCUUUGUCUAGUGUUGAUGCACUCUUCAGGGCCAGAAAGACAGUAGUAUCCAGAACCAAUGAGUGUAUUACAACUGAGCUUCCCCAAGUGAGAGAUACAGAGGCUGCAGUCACUCUAUCUAGACAAGACUUUACUGACAUGAAGCAAUCGAUUUCUUCCUUUGGAGGGUACUACGUACCCAUGGACCCUCAGUCAGAAAGUAACCCAGAGGGAUCUACUAUGAAUGCUAUGAAAACGAAGAUAAACAAGCUUGAAGCUGAUAACAUGUUACAUCUGCAGGUUAUAAAGAAUCGCGAUCAGCAGAUCGAACAGCUAUCGACAACAAUGAAGUCUGUAGAUUGCGUAUCUAAUGUAGCUGUCCACUUUUUGCCUGCCUCAGAUGCCCCUUUUCCUGUUCCUCUUCUCUGUAUACAUCUGAAGUAUGACAAAGACAGAGUCAAUCUGGACUACGUCCACAUCAACACAGAAGGAGACCUGAUCAACAGAAAGUCGGGCAAGAGACCUGCAGGGAAGGGGAGACUGAAGAAGUACUUGGGCUCAAGUAGCACUGCCCCCCUCCCCCGGGCUGGCUGUCCCCAGUACUGGGAGAUGGUGAACAGGGUCAGUCUGGACAAACCACUCACAGGGAACCGCCUCAUCCUAGAGGUGGGUGUAUGCAGGGAGGAGCAGAGGGACGUACAUCAUUGUAUAGAUCAACAAACCAGCUCCUGCUGCAUGCAGGUCGCCCAGUGUACUACACACGGCGGGAUAUGCAUGCGGACAUGGAAGGAGGGGAAGUAUGUGUUGUGUCUGCCUGACACUCUCCCCAACACAGCAGGGUCAUCACACACACUGCAUUACGGUGUUGUCUAUGAUGACGCCAGGAAGAAGAUUGUCUUCAUUGAUGUGAAGGAGAACAAAGUGAUGUCGAGGUUAGACAAUGUAGACUCCAGUCAGCCACUGUGGCCGAUGUUCGGGGUGUAUAACCCAUCUCGCCUCACUGUCAGCAUGACACUUGUAGUGGGCAGCGACAUCAACAUGACAGAGGAGAAGAAGGGAAUGAUUCUCAGAGCCUUAUCGUGAGAGAGAGAGAGAGAGAGAGAGAGAGAGAGAGAGAGAGAGAGAGAGAGAGAGAGAGAGAGAGAGAUUUGUAAGUUAUGUUACACAGUUAUUGCAUUGUUUUUUAAUUGUGAGAUUUGAUUUAGCUAUUGCACGUCGGGGAUAGAAGCCGACCAGGACCCAAACGUUGAUUAAAUUGGAACAUAGUUUAAGAGCAAGUCAAUCUUAGGUUUUUCCCUACGUCAUGUUAUGUUUAAUCCUUCAUUUAAUCUGUGGUAGAGAACUGACAGAUGAAUGACAGUGAGGAUAUUUUCCCAAUGACUGUGCCGAAACAUGGACAGAGUGACUAGGCGAGGAGUGAGUGAGUUGGGUUUAAUGCCGCUUUUAACAGUAUUUCAGUCAUAUCACAGCAUGUCAGCUUUAUGUUUACCACCCAAGGGACGCAACUCUGCACAGCGAAUCGCGGCUCCCAAAACGACUGGGCCACCCGUUCCGCGACUAGGCGAGGAAAUGGAUAGCUGUAUGCAAUAUCUAUCUAUAUCAGGACGGCCGGCAUGUAGUCCAUUCUGGAUCAGGCAAACAGGACUGUUUUAUAUGUAUCCCAUGAUACCCAAUCAUUCGAUGUAACCACCCGAUCCUCAUAAUAACCAACUCGCGCUUAAGACGGUAUACUGAGGACAUGUUAGUAGUAUACCAGGCUCAUUCAGGACCGGACCUAGCAAAUCCCCAUAUGACGUCACAGGUCAUGG